AUGAUAUUUGUGGUCCGCCAGAUGGUGGAGAAGGCAUUUGAACAUCGAGGGAAAGCUUUCCUCCUGUUCAUCGACCUCCGCAAGGCCUAUGACUCUGUCAGUCGGGAUUGCCUGUGGCGCGUACUGGAGAAAGCUGGUGUUCCUCCCCGUCUCCUAUCCAUUGUUCAGUCCUUCCACACCUCUAUGCAGGCUACAAUUUGCGUUGAUGGUGAUAGACUCGAUCCAUUUGCUGUGAGGAAUGGCCUCCGUCAAGGUUGCUCCAUGGCUCCCACAUUAUUUAACAUCUUCAUGUGGGCAGUCUUCCAACGGUGGUAUGCCCGCGUCGCAGAUAUCCCCGGAGCUGGUGUUCCGAUUCAUACUAAUGCAAGGCAACGUCUGUUCUUCCGACGACACCGCACAGACACUAGACGUUCCAUCCUUGACUGCCAAUUUGCAGAUGACUCUGCCCUGAUGGCCACGCGUCGGGAGGCAAUAGAGACUUGCCUAACGGCAUUUGUUGAGGUGGCAGGUGCAUUCGGUCUCAAAGUUAACCUAGAGAAAACCAAGCUCAUGGUCACCGGUCAUCAUGUUACUGAAGAGGAUGUGCGCCCGCUGAUGUUGAAUGGCCAUGCGGUGGAGGUGGUCUCUGAGUUUCGCUACCUCGGAACUAAUAUCCACGCUGAUGGCCGCUGCUCCCGGGAUAUCGAGUCCAGGAUAGCUGCUGCAUCACGUGCCUUUGGCGUUCUGAGUCGCCCAGUGUUUCGGGAUAACAAUCUAACGCUGGCCACCAAGCGAACAGUGUUUGAGGCGUGUGUGCUGAGCUUGCUGCUGUAUGCGUCUGAGUGCUGGGUACCACUCCAAGCCGAUAUUGCCAAGCUGUCAUCUUUUUACAUGAGAUGCCUCCGCACCAUCAUGGGUGUGUCACGCUCUGACGUCUGGGACUUCCACAUCAGCAACACCACCAUCCUGGAGCAGUGGAAUGAUGCCAGACCCCUGCCCAUCAAGGACCGGAUUGUGCAACGCCGUUUGGAAUGGUUUGGCCACGUUAUGCGCAUGGAUAUGGAACGGACACCCCGGGUUGUUCUGUUCGGCUGCCGACCGGAGACCCGACCUGCAUGCGGCCCACGAAAGCGCUGGCGAGACGCUCUGAGUCCGGAUCUACAGCGAUGUGACGUACAGGACUCUUGGCCAGAAGAUACCCAGUCACGACCAGGGUGGAGGAACAUCUACCGUGAGCUGGAACCAGCUUCGUCACCAGUGCGUAAUGUGCAGUGUCUUGUCUGCCGACGCGUAUUUAGCAGGCCUUCGGACAAGCGCCGUCACAAGUGCUUGGAUGAAAGGGCCAAGCCCAUAGCAGAGCAGCGCGGUGCAGUGCAAUGUCCCCAAUGUCAACGGUGGCUACGCAGCCGUGGUGUGCGUGUUUGA